AUGGCCGGCCGCAAGACUUUGUUGGCUCCGAUUCACUUCAUCUUCAGCUUGCUCCAGAAGCGCAGCACUGUCUCGAUCUGGCUCUACGAGCAGCUCGCAUUCCGCAUCGAGGGCAAGAUCCGGGGAUUCGAUGAAUUCAUGAAUCUGGUCAUUGAUGAUGCGGUGGAGGUUCGCCUAGCCACCAAGUCAGAGGAGGAGAAGCGGAGACCCCUCGGCCAGAUUCUUCUCAAGGGUGAUAAUGUCUCCCUCAUUCAGGCUGUUUGA